ACUAUUUAUUACUGAUUUACACGUAACUCUGCGCAUUCUCUGCCCAAACCGUUCGGUUUAUUUGCAAAAGGAAACGUGUUUUUCUCUGACGGGAACGCGACCAAAAAAUAUUUCAACUAACAAAAAAAAAUUAUAAUUUCCCUUUCUCGUCUCAAUCAUCUAACUUUCCUUAGAGAAAGAGAAAGAAAUCCGCUCCAAUCAAAAAUUUGCCACACCACUAUGUCGAUUCCUCUGGGGAGCCGACGCCGCUUUUUGGCGGCUCUUCCUUUAUUAUUUUUCGUGACUUUUUCAUUUGCCGUAGCCGCCACUGCCGACGAUGAUUCUCAGGAUGAUGGCCCCAAGUUACCUUCCUGUAACAAUCCUUUCAAAUUGGUCAAGUUGAAGAUCUGGGUUGAUGGUGUUGAAGGUGAAGAUUUAGCUGGGUUAACUGCUAGCUUUGGAGCAUCAUUGCCUGAGGAAGCCAACAAAAGUCCCAAAUUGCCUACAGUUUUCUCAAAUCCCCUAAAUGGCUGUUCUAAUUCUUCUUCAAAGCUAUCUAGUUCUGUAGUCUUGUCUACACGUGGUGAUUGUGACUUCAUAACUAAGGCAAAAGUUGCACAGUCAGGAGGUGCUGCAGCCUUGCUGGUGAUAAAUGACAAAGAAGAGCUUUACAAGAUGGUUUGUUCUGAGAAUGAUACUUCUUUAAAUAUUUCAAUACCUGUUGUGAUGAUUCCAAAAUCAGCGGGAGAUUUAGUUAACAAAUCUAUGGCAGACAAACGUGUGGAACUUUUAUUAUAUGCACCAACUCGUCCUGUCAUGGAUUAUUCAGUGAUAUUUUUGUGGGCAAUGGCUGUUGGCACAAUUGUUACUGCUUCACUUUGGCAAGAGUUUGGUACUUCUCAGCAUACUGGUGAACAUUAUAAUGAAUUAUUGCCAAAGGAAUCUUCCAAAACUGGAACAGGCAGUAGUGAUGAUGAGGAAAUCCUUGAUAUUAGUGCAAAGGGUGCUGUAGUUUUUGUGAUAACAGCGUCCGCUUUUCUGGUGCUACUCUAUUUUUUCAUGUCCACUUGGUUUGUCUGGUUGCUGAUUGUACUCUUCUGCAUUGGUGGUGUUCAGGGGAUGCACAAUUGCAUUAUGACGCCAAUAGUAAGAAAAUGUAGAAAUUGUCCACAGAAGACACUGAAUUUGCCUCUCUGUGGGGAGGUUUCUAUUGUCUCAUUUGUGGUUGCAAUAUUCUGCCUGAUAUUCGCUGUUGUCUGGGCUGUCAAUCGGCGAGCCUCAUAUUCAUGGGUGGGCCAAAAUAUUCUUGGUAUCUGUUUGAUGAUAACAGUCUUACAGUUGGCUCGACUACCUAAUAUCAAGGUUGCUACAGUGCUUCUCUGUUGUGCAUUUGUUUAUGACAUCUUCUGGGUCUUCCUAUCACCACUUAUAUUCCAUCAGAGUGUGAUGAUUGCAGUUGCUCGAGGUGACAAUAGUGGUGGAGAAUCAAUUCCUAUGCUCUUGAGAGUUCCUAGAGUUUUUGAUCCAUGGGGUGGCUAUGAUAUGAUUGGAUUUGGGGAUAUUCUAUUUCCUGGUUUGCUUGUUGCAUUUGUUUUCAGAUAUGAUAAAGAAAACAAGAAGCAUCUUGCCAAUGGGUAUUUUCUUUGGUUGAUAAUUGGCUAUGGAUUCGGCCUCUUCUUUACAUACCUUGGGUUAUAUCUAAUGGAUGGGCAUGGUCAACCUGCACUCCUCUAUCUCGUUCCUUGUACGCUAGGUGUUGCUGUUAUAUUAGGUUUAGUAAGAGGAGAGCUAAAAGGGCUUUGGAAUUACAGCCCGGAGUCAUCUUCCACGGAAAAUCCCUCUGGAGAAGCUUGAUGCAGGUGUGUCAUUUUUGUUUGUGCAAAAAUUGUGGGCAGGCAGAUAUAACUUCAAGCAUAGGGUAAUUUUUGUACUUUUUGUUGUUAAUAUUUAACUGAUUCCAGUGCCAUUGGAAUGGCAUGAUGUACAAUGUUGUGAGAAGAGAAAUAUAAUCAAGUAAUUUUCAGUUCUUUUUCUUCAAUUAAUAUACAUGUUGCUUGA